AUCGCCCCUCGCCUCCGUCAGCAGCCGCUCGUGAGUCCUGCUGCGGGGGGGGUGGGGGGGGGUGGCGGGCACGGAGGGUGCCCCGCUCGGGAUGCCAGCCCCUGGGACAUGGGGAUGCUGCUCCCCGGGAUGGGGUCCUGCUCCCCGGGAUGGGGUUGCUGCUCCCCGGAUUGGGAUGCUGCUCCCUGGGAUGGGGUCGUGCUCCCCGGAUUGGGAUGCUGCUCUCUGGAUUGGGAUGCUGCUCCCCAAAUUGGGAUGCUGCUCCCUAAAUUGGGAUGCUGCUCCCCAAAUUGGGAUGCUGCUCCCUGGGAUGGGAUCAUGCUCCCCAGAUCGGGAGGCUGCUCCCCGGGUCAGGGUCCCGCUCCCACGGGGAGGGAUGCAGUUCCAUGGGCUGGGGACACUGCCCAUGGUGCGCUGCUGCCCCUGGUCCUCAGCACCGCGUUGCCACCGGGGCUCCGCGGCUCACGGGAGCAGAGCUGGGGCGGGCGCUGGCUCUGCCCAGCCCUGGGGCACUCGGGGAGCACUCGGAGCAGCCCCAGCCCCCCGUUACUGCGUUCCUGCGGGAAGGGGCGCAGCCCAGUGCGGGGGCGAUGAGGGCAGGAGGUGGGCACGGGCUGGCGGUCAGUGCCCCGUGGCCAGGCGAGCUGUGACGGCCGAGCGGCGCUGCCUGCGGCAUCGGGGACGUGCCCGGGACUGGGCACAGCCUGUCGGGGGACUCAUGCAGUACUGCUGCCUGAACCCCGGGGCUGGGGGCUCCCCGCCCCGCUGGCAGCAGCCAGGCUCGGCGUUACCGCACCCAGCCCUGCCGCAUCCUGGGGCUGUGCUGCCGGAGCCGGGCUGCAUCUGCCCGGUGCGCGGGGCGAGCCGGUGGCCGGGGAGCUCAGGGGACGCGGGCACGCAGCUCCUCCACGGCUCAGCCCCGGCACUCGGCUGGCUCAAACCCAACCAGGAGCCGUGUGGGGAGGAGCGAGGCCGCCUCGGCGGGGGGCUUGGCUGCCGGCUCCCCACCACCUCUCCCCGCUGGCACCCUUCCUGGCACCCUCCGGUGCUGCCCGCCCCGGUCACCGCCGUCCCUGCCCGCACCAUGUCCUUACAAGGGCACGGGCACGGCUCCUGGGGACUGGCCUCCUGGCACGGGCAUGGGGACACGGAGAGCCGUGGCCACCCCACGGCACCCCGCUGUGCCCCAGGCACCCAGCCCUGCUGCCCAGAGCCCUCCGCUCUCCAGUCGUGCCGGUUCCUUCCCGGGCACUUUCCGGGCAGUGCGGCUGCUCCAGGCGCACCACGGCCACCGGCUGCUUGAUGCCGGGGACGUUGGCACCCUUGGGACCUGCUGGUGGCUGAGCAGGCUGAGCAGGUGCUGCGCACCCUGAGCUGGAGAGCAGGGACAAAGCACCUCUGCCGGGAUGGGAACCGUCUGUCUGGGCACACCGCAAGGAUCGCGGCCGUGUGCUCAUUUCUGGAUGUGCCGUUUGGCAUCGAACAGCACCUGCUUGGCACGGGGAGAGCAGGAGGUGGAUGCCACGGGGUGCCCUGUGCUGGGCGAGGGGGAGGCAGCACCCCCGCAGCCUCACAUGCCCCCCCUCCUG